AUGAAACACAUUGUGGGGAAAGUAGUGUUAUUGGGUUACCAAGGUGUUGGUAAAACUUCAACUGUAACAAGAUACGUGGAGAACACUUUUAAUCAUCAUGUCACACCAACAGUUGGGGCAUCAUUUUUCAGUUGCAAGAUCAAAGUCGAUGAAAAUUAUGUUACAUUACAGAUUUGGGAUACAGCAGGUCAGGAACGUUUCAAAGCAAUGGCGCCGAUGUUCUACAGGAACGCCAACGCAGCUUUGCUAGUUUUCGACAUAACCUCUCCCACCUCUUUUGAAGGUAUGAAGAUGUGGGUGCAAGAAGUGAAGCGAAAUGUCGAAGAGGCUAUGGUACUCUGCGUUGUCGGAAAUAAGACUGAUCUCAAUGACCAAAGAAAGGUUUCCAGAGAGGAAGCAAUAGAAUAUUCGAGGAGUAUAGGUGCUAUUUAUUUAGAAAGUUCUGCCCUGACUGAUCAGGGGACUGGGUUGAUUUUCGAAAAAAUUGCCCAAGAGCUACUGAAACUGUCCGGUGAGGGUUCUAGUAGCACCCUAAAGGUUUUCGAUAAUGACUUUAUGGCCAAAUCUAGUGAGCUAGAAGCUACCGAUAUCGGUACAGAAGAGAACGUGAAUUUGAGCAUAGGAAGCAUUGCGCAUGGCAAUUCGGUGCAAUCGAGGUGCUGCUGA